AUGCACAAGCCCGGCGGUGCCGACCCAGCGGCUUUCGCUGCUGCAGGGUCCCGUGGACCCCCGUUGGUCGACCUCACCCUCGGCGAGCUCCUCGAGCUCCAGACCUACCAGAACGGCAGCAAGGAGUGCCUCGUGAUCCCCUGGACCGGUGCUCGGUGGACCUACAAUGAGCUUAACCAGCAGAGCUACCUCCUGGCGCAGUCCCUGCUCGCCAUGGGCAUCGGCUCGGGGGACAGGGUGGGCAUCAUGGCCGGAAACUGCGAGCAGUACGCCGCCGUCUUUUUCGCUGUUGCGAGGAUUGGGGCCAUCUUGGUGAUUUUGAACAACACCUACACUCCCACGGAGGCCAUGUACGCUAUCAAGUUCUCUGAAUGCAAAGUUUUCUUCACAACGCAAAAGAUUGGCCGCGUCGACAACUCCCGCCUCCUCAUCCAGCUCGAUAACGAAGUCAAGAAACCCAAAAUCAUCAUUCUCCGCGGGCCCAAUGGCAAAUACCCCACAUAUGACCAGCUGCAACCUCGUCAACAACUCCCGCUUCAUCGGCGACCGCAUGCGCCUCACCUCCAACGACAUCCUCUGCUGCCCCCUCCCCUCUUCCACUGCUUCGGCCUCGUCCUCGGCCUCCUCGCCGUCCUCACCCACGGCGGCAAAAUCGUCUACCCCGCCGAGGUCUUCGACCCGGCCGCCACCCUCCGCGCCGUCACCGAGGAGGGCUGCACCGCCCUACACGGCGUGCCCGCCAUGUUCGACACCUUGUUCGACCAGCUGCCCGCCGGCUUCGAGUGCAAGACCCUCCGCACCGGCAUCCAGCUACGGCCUGACCGAAGCCUCCCCACCUGCUUCAACGCCUUCACCGACGACCUCAUCGACAAGCGCCUCACCACCGUCGGCACCCUCAUGCCCCACGCCCACGCCAAGAUCGUCGACCGCGACGGCAACAUCGUGCCCCUCGGCGAGCGCGGCGAGCUCUGCAUCGGCGGCUACCAGCUGCAGGCCGGCUACUGGAACAACUCGGAAAAGACAAACGAGUGCAUGAUUCGCGACGCCGCCGGCGUGCUGUGGCUGCACACCGGCGACGAGGCCGUCUUCGAUGCCGACGGCUACUGCUCCAUCACCGGCCGCUUCAAGGACAUCAUCAUCCGCGGCGGUGAGAACAUCUAUCCCCUCGAAAUUGAGGAGCGCCUCAUCGCGCACCCUUCCAUUGGCCGCGCCAUCGUCGUCGCACUCGCCGAUAAGCACUAUGGCGAGAUCGUGGGUGCCUUCCUGGAGCUCCGCGAGGGAUGCAUCCUCCCCGAUGAUGCCGAGAUAGCGGAGUGGGUCCGUUCCCGUCUCGGCAGGCACAAGGUCCCCUCUAGACUAUUUUGGCUCGGACGCGAUGGCGUUCCUGCCGGUGUGCCGCUGACCGGCAGCGGCAAGGUCAAGAAGUAUGAGAUGGCCCAGCUAGGGAAUAAGCUUAUGAAGGAGCUCAAAGCCCCUGCCAGGCUGUAA